GGUAUUCUGAAAGUGAAACCCAAGAACCUCGUACAUGUCCUGGUUUUACUGGUGAAUCAAGUCGUUAUCGGGCUCAAAUAAAAAAAACCCAAUUUGUAAAUCUAAAAGCUAACAAUCAUGUUUUUCAAGAUAUAAGUAGUGAACAAAAAAUAAGUGAAGAAAUGAAAUGA